UAGUGCGGCAUUAUAUGUUUUACGUAAACGACGAUUUCUCUUCGUUCGACCACCGCGCGCUGUUACAUGUGCCAUUGUAUUUAUUUACGUUCUGCGUGUAUCGAUCUGUAUGUUGUGCCUUUCGCUAUAGUCGAUACGCUACUGUCUACUCUUACGAAUUUUUUCUUCUCGUCCUUCGUGCGCGCCCGGAUCGAUUUAAAUCGCGCUCGUUUGGCGCCCAUAAAAAAAUCCAAACAAACAGAACGGUGCGGCGUAGCCAACUUUCGGCCGGCCAAUACCAUGCCGGUAAUACGCAAAAUCUACCCAUCUCGAUCGACACGCGUAUUUGCGCGUUGUCUAAUCGUUGCAAGAUAUAGCACCGCCUGCCACGCCGCUGCAAGAUUUCACCUACCAUUGGAAACAGCUUAUGAACUUUUAUGUGAACCACCUGACAGAUUGCAAGGUGCCCAUACAGUCCACGGGCAUACCACGACAUUUAGACAGAUUACUGGAAAUAUUGCUGGAAGAGGAGAAGGACGAAAACGAACCAGGACCAUGUCUCGAAUACCUGUUGCAACACAAGCUAUUGGACCUGCUGGCUACGCUCGCCAGCGCGGAAACUCCACCCGGUAUGAGAACCAUUUGCCUGUCUUUUUUAAGAAAAUUGCUGGGUAGAUCUAAGUACCCACUGCUGCAUCACACGUCGAUUUAUGGACCAGUGCAACGAUUGAUCGCUCUGUGCAAUGGAAACCCACCAUCGCCUAUGGAAGCUGAGGAGGUCCAGUUCCUUCUCACGCUUUGCUUUCUAGUUUGCAAGUACCCUCACGUGACCAACAUAAUAAACGAUGCACCGACUGUUCAGAGGCAUAACGCCUCUACCAGAAGGAAUUCCGAAAGGAUGGAAGUGGAAAAAGUUACCUACGUCCCAAACAGAAGAAAAGAUAACUUUAAUCCCUUAUUCGAACCAUUGGACACUCAGGCGGUUACGUUGAUAAAUCCCAAUUUGUUUAGCUCGGAAAAUGGUAGGAGACGGUCUGUGGAGACUAACAGACCGCCCAGUAAGAAUGGAACGAGGGGAUCAUCUAGUCAAUCGAACGAUUCGAUAUCUUCCAGGGAAGUGGAGAAUGCCUCGCAAUCUUCUAGUCCGGUAAUCGAGAAACCGAUUUGCGAUGAGAAUUCGGGUGUCACGGUACAAUCUUCUGACUCUCAGGACUGCGACAUCUCUCAAAAAAGCGAAAACGUCGUUCUAAUGAACGAGAUAGAUACACAUUUGCAGAAUCUCCAGGAUUUACGAUUGGACGUUGAGUACGGGGCUGCUUUCGAGGAGUCUAAUUGCGCAGAAGGGGAUCAGAAUCUUUUGAGACCGGAAACGCCACAGAAAUCAAAAUGCCUUCUAUUAGAUGCCUUGUUGAGUUACAUAAAUAGCGCGGAUAAUACCGUGAGGAUAAGAGCCUGCGAAGGAAUAAUGGUCCUUGCAUCCUUGGAGGAUCCAUCGUUCGCACAAAUGGUAGCAAACAGUGACUUAGUAACCCUGAUACCAAAUAGAUUAGAGAACCUGUUCAACGCCAUCCCAGCGCAUGUCGAUCCAGCAGAGAUCGACGGCGUGGAUGUUACUUGGGGUUUAGAUUCGCCAAUGUGGACGAAGGAGAAAAAAUUUUCUGGCUGCAGACAGGUCGCUGCGUUUUUCAUGUGGUUUGAUUACUGCAAUCAACUGAUAAGGGAAGCGCAUCCAGACGUGGCAAACGCGUUGGCGAAGAACAUUAAAGUGAAUUUCUUAGAGAAAAUUGUGACACCAGCCCUAGCUGAACAUCAUGUUGUUCUUAUCACGGCAUUGAUUACGAAAUGUUUGAAGGAAUUAACAUCUAGCGCCUUAUGUACAGAAAUAAGUUACUGGCUCGUGGGUCACGACAGAGGCCCAGAGAUACCAAACGUAUGGACGUCACCUGUACUACACAGGCUGAUAGACAACUGCUUCACGGACAGUGACGAUUUAACGCUGGAAACAUUAAAGCUGUUCGAGGAGAUGAUAGAGAAACGAAAUGAACAUAUACUGCACUGUCUCGUAUUAGUAUAUUUGUCAACACGAGGCUAUUACGACAACACCGCGGCGGAUAGUGCAAUUGCAUCCUGGAGCGACGAGGAAGACGAAAGAGAAAGAGAAAAGAAGAAGGGUUCGCUAGACCUCUCCUACGAGCAAAGUCAUAGUCGAACAUUAGCACCUAGUAAUAUUCAUAGAAUUGUAAAUUGUUUCCUGUCCCUGAUUCCUCGUUAUCUACAAACAGACACGGACGUGAACAAUUACGAACGGUAUAUGGCUGACUUGGAAAGGCAGUAUUCUACUGUGCUGACAGACUGCUCGCUAAUGGCCUGGCCGCUAGAGGCAGUAACCGUGGAUGAUUCUGCGAGUUCCGAUUCCAGGCCGGAAGCAGACCAUUGUUCCAUAAGAUUUUACAUGGGGCCGUUUAUGACGAUGCUUUUUGAGAAAGUGGCGAAUAUUCCAAGGCAAAAGUACGAGGUCAACCUGCAACUGACGGUGGUGAUCUCGAGGCUUGCGCUUUUACCUCAUCCGUACCUGCAUGAAUUUUUACUGAAUCCGUUGCUACCAGUAGCACCCGGCACGAAGAACUUGUUCACCUGCUUGCAAAAAGUUGUCAAACAGCUGGUGAACGAGGUACCAAAGACGCCGGAUCACAAGCAAAUGCUGACAGAGACGCGAGAACGAUUACUCGAAGAUUGUUCACACGAAGGAGAGAAGGAGAAUAUCUUGUUCGAAAGCGUGAUCGUGACAGAAGAAUUUUGCAAGGAACUGGCUGCGAUAGCAUACGUAAAAUAUCAUCAUUCUAUGUGAUAAUUGUUAUCAAAGAGACCGAUGUAAAUUAUAGAAUUUAAUUACAGUACUAUGGAUGAGUAAAUUUACUUAAUGAUCGGUCGUCAGUCUAGAUACGCUUAAAUAGAAAAUUGUUUUUUGUGAUGAAUUUGUAAAAUAUACGUACAUACCUUAUGUUAAGUAUAGCUAGUAUUAUAUUAAUGUUAAUGUUUACAAUCACUUAUUUGCACAAUUCGACUUGUGACUCUAAUAAAGAAACUA